CCAGUUACAAUCCUGGUUCCCCUCUAAUCCUCCUGAGAAUUCAUCUAAGUAAAGAUGGAGGAUCAUUUGGGGGGAAAAUUGCAUUUAUUUAUUUCCUUGUGUGUGUGUGUCUGAUCCUCCAAGUGCUGGGAUUACAAGCAUGUACUACCACGCCCGCCCGGUGUUUGUGGUGCUGGGGGUCAGAUCCAAGGCUCCCUGCAGGCUAGGCGAGCACCCCAUCAGCUGAGCUGCGUCCCUGGCCGGCGGCGAUCACAUUGAAGGCACCAAGUGGGUGCUCCAGGGAACUGCGGAGGUGGGAACCCUGAUGGAGACCAGGGACCUAUGGGUUGAAUGGGAAGUGAAAGCUGCCCUCCUCGGCCUCAGUUUUCCCCUAGUAUGCUGAACCUCAGCUUUCCUGGCCCUGGGGUCCCUACCAGGCCCCCAGUGCUGUCUCUAAGGACUCAGUUGCUGGAAGGGAAGGGAAGGGAAGCGCCCCCGGCCCAGGAUCGCACCAGGCAGCUCCAGCCACUUAGCCAUUCACGGUGACUCACUUCUCCCAGGGGGGUAGAGGCGUGGUCGCCGGCAAAACGACGGUGUCCAGAGCCACCAAACCCCUCGAUUGGACACGAGGAGGCUCCAAGAAGUUGGAUCUGACCUACGGAGGUACUGCUGAUCUCCAGUGCCCAGACUGGGAGACUGUGGACAUUUGGUAAAUGAGCAGCAGACUGAGAGGUCUGCAAACAGCAUGUACACACCCAUCCCUCAGAGUGGCUCUCCAUUCCCAGCCUCGGUCCAAGACCCAGGUCUACACAUCUGGCGUGUGGAGAAGCUGAAGCCGGUGCCCAUAGCACGAGAGAACCAUGGCAUCUUCUUCUCUGGGGAUUCCUACCUGGUGCUUCACAAUGGCCCGGAAGAGGCCUCCCAUUUGCACCUGUGGAUAGGCCAACAAUCAUCCCGGGACGAGCAGGGGGCCUGUGCCGUGCUGGCCGUGCACCUCAACACUCUGCUGGGGGAGCGGCCCGUGCAGCACCGUGAGGUUCAAGGGAAUGAGUCCGACCUCUUCAUGAGCUACUUCCCACGUGGCCUCAAGUACCAGGAAGGUGGUGUGGAGUCGGCAUUUCACAAGACAACCUCGGGGGCCACCCCAGCAGCCAUCAAAAAGCUCUACCAGGUCAAGGGGAAGAAGAACAUCCGUGCCACCGAGAGGGCGCUGAGCUGGGACAGCUUCAACACUGGGGACUGCUUCAUCCUGGACCUGGGUCAGAACAUCUUCACCUGGUGCGGUGGAAAGUCCAACAUCCUGGAACGGAACAAGGCGAGGGACUUGGCCCUGGCCAUCAGGGACAGCGAGCGGCAGGGCAAGGCCCAGGUGGAGAUUAUCACCGAUGGAGAGGAGCCAGCCGAGAUGAUUCAGGUUCUGGGCCCCAAGCCUGCUCUGAAGGAGGGUAACCCUGAGGAAGACCUCACAGCUGACCAGACCAACGCCCAGGCUGCGGCCCUGUAUAAGGUCUCUGAUGCCACUGGACAGAUGAACCUGACCAAGGUAGCCGAUUCCAGCCCCUUUGCCUCUGCACUGCUGAUUCCAGAUGACUGCUUUGUUCUGGACAAUGGGCUCUGUGGCAAAAUCUACAUCUGGAAGGGGCGAAAAGCUAAUGAGAAGGAGAGGCAGGCAGCCCUCCAAGUGGCCGAUGGCUUCAUCUCUCGGAUGAGAUAUUCCCCAAACACUCAGGUGGAGAUUCUGCCCCAGGGCCGAGAGAGUCCCAUCUUCAAGCAAUUCUUCAAGGACUGGAAGUGAGGGUGGGUGUGCCCGGCCCUGCUCUCCUGCCUGCCACCACCUGCCUGCUUGUUCCCGGCUUGCUGAGUCAGCACAGAGGUGCCCUCUGGAUGCUCAAUAAAAGUGACACAUUCCCGUU